CAAUUUUGACAAUUAUAAUUGAGGUUAGAUUGUUUUGAUUUGUCAAGGCACCAUGGGUGAGCGGAAAGGCACCAACAAGUAUUACCCCCCGGAUUACGACCCGAAGGCCGGGGGGCUCAACAAAUUCCUCGGGACGCAUGCCCUUCGUGAAAGGGCUAGGAAAAUCCAUCUUGGGAUUAUUAUCGUCCGGUUUGAGAUGCCCUACAAUAUCUGGUGUGAGGGCUGCAAUAAUCACAUAGGAAUGGGGGUUAGAUAUAACGCUGAAAAAACCAAGAUUGGGAUGUACUACACCACACCUUUGUACCAGUUUAAAAUGAAAUGUCACUUGUGUGAUAAUCACAUUGUUAUAAAAACAGACCCUGCUAACCUUGAAUAUGUGAUAGUGUCAGGGGCGAGGAGGCAGGAAAACAGGUGGGACCCCACUCAGAAUGAGCAAGUCGUACCAGAAACGAAAGAAACACAAAAGCGGAUGUUUGAUGAUUCUAUGUUUAAACUGGAGCAUGGAACCGAGGAUAAAAGUAGUUAUGAGAGCUCAAAACCGCGAUUAAUUCAUUUGUAUAAUAGGAAUGAGUGUACUUGGGCUGACAAUUAUUCGGCUAACCAGAGACUAAGACAAAUAUUUAGAGCACAAAAUUGUGAAUUGAAGAAGAUUGACGGUCAAAAUACGGCUCUAUUGAAGAAAUCAAGCCUGGACAUUCCACUCUUAGCUGAGACUGAAGAAGACAAAAAAAUGGCAUCUUUGCUCAGUCUAAAAUUGAAACCCAGCACGGACAUUGCUCAGAAUACUGAGCUGCUCAGAAAACGGAUAAUAGCGAGUUCUUCCUUACCGACAUCGAAUUUCUCCGUGAAGAAGGAACUCAAGGCUGUCAAGAUUCUGAAAGAAACACCUAAAAAAGACUUAGGGAUUAUAAAAAGACAUGCCGACUGGAAAUCGUCGUUUACCUCGUACUCUACGUAGUAGUAUCCCAUCGAUGAUGUCAGGCUUUGGGAGCGAUAUGUCACACAGCAGGUAUGCCAUGUUGGGGGGAGGAGUACCAACACUUCCAAUAUUGGAGC